CCAGGGCCACUCGGAUAAUGCUUUAUAAUGCUUUAACACAGUGUCACUUUUAAGUAAACCGAGGAUUUCAUCGGAGGCACGCAGACUUGAUAAAUGAACUGGGAGUGGAGUGACAUUUAUUCCCAUCCGUUAUGGAUGGUUUCAACGGUGAUCCUGGCUAUAAUUGUGCGCGCGCAGCGGAAAGCAUUGUGGAACCCGAGCGCUUGUCCUGUGAAGUUAAACGGAAAAACUGCGAUCGUCACUGGAGCUAACACGGGUAUUGGGAAGUUCAUCGCCCUGGACUUUGCUCGUCGUGGGGCGCGGGUGAUCUUGGCAUGCCGGAACAAGGAUCGUGGGACUGCAGCGCUGCAGGAAAUCAGAGAAAGAACUGGGAACCAUAACGUACAUCUGCGUCAGCUUGACACCUCAUCGCUCGAAUUAGUCCGAAAGUUUGCAACACAGAUCUUGGAGGAAGAGAAAGAAUUGCAUAUCCUGGUCAAUAAUGCAGGGGCCUCAGGCUUACCCAGUAAGAUCACUGCAGAUGGCUUGGAAAUCACUUUUGCUACCAACCAUGUUGGCCCAUUUCUGCUCACCAGUUUGCUUUUAGACCUUUUGAAGAAAUCGGCACCAGCUCGCAUUGUAAAUGUUUCGUCUAUGACUCACUGGAGAGGUGAGGUAAACUUUGAACAUUUCUGCGAUUCCAAUCUAAAUCAUGUGAUGGAUGCUACGUAUAACCACACCAAGCUGCACAACAUCAUCUGGACAAACGAGUUGGCACGCAGGCUUCAGGGCACAGGCGUGACAGCAAACUCUUUGCAUCCAGGUGUAGUUAUGACAGACGUAAUGAGAAACUACAACUUCAUCAUCCGAUUCCUCUUCAACUUGGUUGGCUUUUUCUUCUUCAAAACUGCUGAACAAGGGUCUUUCAGUCCAAUAUACUGUGCAGUGUCUGAGGAAGCAGAAGGAAUAAAUGGAAAAUACUUUGACAGUGACUGUUCCCUGGUCUUGCCAGCCCCCGCUGCCAGAGAUCCUCCUCUUGGGGUGAAGGAAUAUGAGUUUUGUGAGAGACUGACUGCUAAACCUUAAAGAGACAGUUCAAAUGUUCUAUGACGAUUCAUUUAGCCUCAUCCAAACAUGUGUGGAUUGUUUCUUAUGUUUAUUUCUUUGCGGAUCUCAAAACAGACCAGACUUGUCACAUAAGCUGUCCAUAUGACAUUCCAAGACUUUUACAGCUUUAUGUGAGAAACCAAAGGAAAUGUUUCCCCAAUAAUGUUUGCCCAAUACUAACUGUUUCACAAGCUCACUCAAAAUUAGACACAGCUGUUACUUAUUGUUGUAAUGUUAAUCUUUUUUGAUAGAGCAGAAAAUAUUGUUCAAACCCUUUUUGAAUGAAGAAAAUAUAAAUUCUCAUUCAUUCAUUAUA